UAUCAGUCUUUCGUCCGUCUUCAGUCGUACAUCUACAGACAUUCAAAAGUCAACCUACCAACGAAAUCACCAUGCAAUUCCAAGCAUCUUUCGUUUUGCUCGCCAUGGUCGUGUGCUUCGCCGCCGCCGAAACCAAGACGCCGUCGUCUGCCCAAUCAGACACCGACCGCAGCAAACGAGGAGUGGUAGUCCCGUUGGCCGCCUCACCUUAUGUGGCUGCAACAUACGCCGCUGCCUCGCCUUACGUAGCCGCAUCGCCUUACGUGGCCGCAUCGCCUUACGUGGCCGCACGGUACGCGGCCGCCCCUUAUGUCGCCGCCCCAUAUGCUGCAGUACCUUCACCGUACGUCUCCGCUUACUCCGCUUAUUCCGCCUACCCGUACGUGGCCAAGACCUUGACGACUUCCCCGUACACAGCUGCUUACUACGUUUAAUAGGUCCUCUAGAUCAGACACCAAAAUCUAUAUUUAAUGCGACUAACUUCAAUUUACUUUGACCAAGACGAUCACUUAUUAUUUUAUUUAUUGUAAUAUUAUACCCUGUACAAUAUUUUAUGUAACUCUUUAAAAAAUUAAUAAAAAA